CGAUUUACUUCUAAUAUUACAGCAGAUGGCCUACGCGUUUAAUGAAAGAGAUGACACCAGACUCAUUCACGAGGACUAUUUUAUAACGAUCUGUACAUAUCUCCCGAGAUGUUUGGAUUUCAUCAAUAUUAAUGUAAUUCAGAAUUCAAUAACAACUAUGUUGAACAAAAUUCAUGUAGUUCUAUGUUAUUUAUUACCAACAUAUCUGAAGACAUAUAUCAAUGCGUUACCGAAUCAUAUAGAAAGUGAACGUUUUAAUGAGACAAUUGAAACUGAUUUGGCAUAUAUAUUAUCAAUGACAAAUGAAAAAACAAAAAUAGGUAAAAACCUGUUUACGCAAACGAACUAUAAGAUGGACAGUCAGAAUUUUAUUACAGAUGUUUACAAGAUCAUUGGAAAUAUCGAUUUUAUAUCAUAUAUAAGAAAAAAUUCUGGUAAUAUAAAUCAGUAUUAUAUGGAACAUAAUUCGAAUACUAAGGAAAUAAAAUUCAAGGUGACUAAAGUAAUUACCAGAGACAAUGAAAAACAAAUCGAUUCUGAAAACAGUAUGCAUUUUCUGGAAUUUAAUAGAAAUUAUACAAAUGAUCUUGGGAACCUAUGCGGUUUAUCGGAUGUUGACAUUCCGUCAAAAGAUUUGUCAAAGCUCGAAACAAUGCAAGAAAUUGUUUUUUAUACAUUAAAAAAACUCCAACAAUAUUGUACAAAUACUAUAUUAAAUAGUACAAAGACAAAUUCAAAAGUAAACCAAAAAGACCUAAAGAACACGAUUGAUAUUAUGGACACGUUACAAGACAUAUGUCAUAAUAUGUCUUUAAUUCUUGUCUAUUUAAUAGAAAAUGAGGUGAACGUCGACUCUAUAAUGUUCAGCACGUAUUUGACAUUUUGCGGAGACUUCAAGGGAUACAGUGAAAUCCGUUGCACCAGUGCAUUUCACGGUACCUCAUCCAUAACAGACCUCGAAAGCAAGAAGAUUAAUUGUAUACAGGAAACGUUGAAAAACAUUUGGACGUGGAAUAUAUUAAUAACAACCAAUGAUGUCCCCCAAAAAAAUGAAGACAAGAAUUCAAAUAACGAAAACUGUAAAUUUUUGUACCUGAAUUAUUUAGUGAAUAUCAACAAUACUAUCAGAAAAUUUAACAAAGGAAUGGACGAGUGGACCACGUUUGAGUGGUUGAGUGGUAAAUAUUUUCUUGCCGAAAAUAUCAAAAACGAACGUAUGUACGAAAUAAAAUCGAAUUAUAUAGAUAUUAAAAACGUAAAUAUUAAAUUAUCGGUUGCGUAUUAUGCUGCAUUACCAUGGGGUUUGAACAUGUCCUCUAUAGGGACUUUCCAUAACGUGAUUGUAAACCAUGUAGAAAAAAUUAUGAUUGGUUUCGUUUACACAUACGCGCUAAUCAUACAUUUAUACUUAAAACGCACACGUACGAGCAUCGGUUCUCAUGUUUUACAAAAAGUACGAGAUAGUGUUAUGUGGUAUAACGAAGGGACGAAAUUAUUUUACAAAUAUCUCCAUUUACCUUUAUACACCGAUAAAGACCCUCAGAAUGAAUCCCUAUCAAAUGAUAACAUAAAGACUAUCAUUUAUAGAAUACAAAAUAUUGACGACAACGGUUAUUUAAAUAUCAACGACGUCAUUCCUGAGUUCGAAAAAAACUAUUUUUUGAUAUGGGCCGAAACUAAUAUCCCCAACAACGAUGUUGGAAAAAAACGAUUUAACACGUUUGUGAAUGGGAAUUGUAUGGACGCAAUGGGCUACAUGAGUACUUUUUUGUCGAUCGUUCAAAAGUCUAUGGACAUAGAUUUCGAAUUCCAAUCAGCUAAAUCUAUGUACUCGCAGUACUGUCAGGAAAAUAUAUUUGAUGUGAAAUCUGCUAUAAAGCCCAUGAGCGUAGUUGAAGACAAGCAAAUAAAUACAGAGGCCGGUUCUACAAGUGUAAGCAUUGGUUCAAGUUUACUUGAAAAUACUUCAACGUUGAAAAAUCUUUUGAUGAGAUACCUUAAACUUUAAUAGAAAAUUUUGUGUGAACCUAGUGUUGAAUUUUUUUUAUGAAUUUAACAAAUUUAGAUUUAUUAUAUUUUUGAUAAAAAUUAUUCAUAUUUAAUAUGUCAUCUUAUUAAAAUUUUUUUUUUGAGUUCAACCAUAUCAUCCUUUAAUAUAGUUUCAAUUUCAUAAAUUUAAUGAGCGAUAAAAAUAUAUUUUUUUUGCAAAGUAAAUGUAUAAUGCUAAGGUUAUUUGUAAACGACUACAGAAUGUAAUGUACUUUUUUUGUUUAUUAAUUGAUGAUCUAGUAUUAAAAAGGUAUUUUCAAUUAUAUGUGUUUAAUUCUAAAUUUGAGUUUUAUUAUUUAUCAAAUAAAUCGCAUUUUAUUCAUAUUACCAAUAAUUAUUUAAUUCUAUCUUAGUUUACAAACGUAGUAACAUGUGUUUUACUAUAGUAUCACGAUCAUUGUUUUUGUAUGUUUAUAAAUUUUUGUCGGUUAUUUUUCUUUAAUUUGAUUUUUUUGAUGUAUUUUAUUAUUUGAUUAUUAUUAUAAAAUCACAC